AUUACUCAAACACCCCCCGAGAGAAUAACCUCAUAGUGUCGACAUGUCUUCCCAGAACGAUCUCUUGGUGAACAAAAUCUGCGAGUUGUACGACCAAAUCUCGAAGCUCGAAACCCUAAAACCUUCCAAGAAUGUCGACAUGUUGUUCGGACAACUUGUUUCCACGUGCAUGCCACCGAAUCCAACCGUCGAUGUCACCACCAUGUGCGAGAAAGUCCAAGAAAUCAGAUCUCACCUUAUAAAGCUCUGUGGCGAAGCCGAGGGUCACUUGGAGAAACAUUUCUCUUCGAUCCUGGUCUCUUUUCGAGACAACCCACUUCGCCACUUGGACAUCUUUCCUUAUUACAACAACUAUCUCAAACUCAGCAAACUCGAGUUCGAUCUUCUCGGACAGCACUUGAACCAUGUCCCGAAGAGAAUCGCCUUUCUCGGGUCGGGUCCUCUCCCUCUCACGUCCAUCGUCUUGGCCACUUUCCACCUCCGAACCACCGUCUUCCACAACUAUGACAUCGACCCUUCAGCCAACUCCCUGGCCUCGGGCCUUGUCUCGUCCGAUCCCGACCUCUCUCAGCGCAUGCUCUUCCACACGACCGAUGUGAUGGACGUGACGGAUGGCCUAAAAGACUAUGACGUCGUAUACUUGGCGGCUCUCGUUGGCAUGGACAAAGAAGAUAAGGUCAAAGUCAUUGAGCAUCUGGAGAAACACAUGAAUCCAGGGGCCGUACUCAUGCUGAGGAGCGCGAAUGGCCCGAGAGCUUUUCUCUAUCCGAUCAUCGACCCAAGUGACUUGAAGGGUUUCGAGGUUUUGACGAUUUACCACCCGACCGACGAAGUGAUCAACUCGGUUGUGAUAGCGCGCAAGCUCGGUUCAGGUUCUAACGCUUCUUACCAGAUGGAUCAAGGAGCUGGAAGGUGCAUGCUCAUGCCCUGUAACUGUUCCAAGAUUCAUGCUAUGAUGAACAACCGUGGCAAGAACAACAUGAUUGAGGGGUUGGGGCCGGUUGAAGGACAAUUCUAAUAAACAAACUUGGAAUAUACAUAUAUAUAUACGUCUAAGCACUGUAUACCUCAUUAAUACACAUACCCAUACAUAACUACUCGUUGUUUCCAAGUGUGCAAGUCAAGAAUUGUGUUUCAGUGUUGUCUUUUUAUUACAUAUAUGCAGUGUGCUUUUGAGUUGCUGUUUCAUGAUUUCGGUACUUAAUAAGAGAAGUGUGCAUGAUUAUAUA